AUCACUUUAACCCUCCCUAUUCAAGCACAGCCUUCUCUACCCCCCCAGCUUUCCAGUCUUAUACCCGGGCGUUGGCCCCUAGUUUCUACACGAAGCAGGAAACCCAGAUCUGUGACCACUUUAAGGCAAUUAGCCGCCAGACACCUUAAUCUCUUACCCAAUUUGUCCACUCCUAUUGAUGCACGCUUUGCUACCGUCCCUGCCAAAUCAGAGUUUGCGGCGUUCAACUUGAUGCAGCCUUCAGACGGUAAUCGUCAGGCGGAGUUUUUGAACCCAUUCGGGGUUUCAGAUAGAGAGCAGCGUCCACAUUCUUCCGACUCAGGACGCCUGAGUCCAUCCUCACCAUUCGACAUGGCCGCCGCACUUUCGCCAGACAGGCUGAUGGUGCACAACAAUCCGUCCCGGACGUCACAGUCUAUCGACGGCGAGACGCUUCGUCCGCGAGCAGACUCUACUAUCUCCAGUGCAGACACUGCCGUCAGAUCCAGGGCCAACUCGGAGUUGAGCGCUGUUCCGACCAAGGUCGCCUAUGACGAUGUCUCGCUGUCCGACGCGCUGAAUCCGGAUCCGCGGACGGAGGACGACUUCAUCGUCCAAGACAACAAAUUCGCCUUCUCUCCCGGCCAGCUUAACAAGAUGCAGAACCCGAAGUCGCUGGCAGCGUUUCACGCCCUGGGUGGUCUGCCCGGGCUGGAACGGGGCUUGCGGACGGACCUGGCCUCGGGCUUGUCCGUGGAUGAGACUUGCCUGGAGGGUACUGUGAGUUUCGACGAAGUGACUUCCUCUCCUGGCUAUGGUUCUGCGAAGCACCAGCACCAGCAACAACACCAUGAGAAAGAGCAGCAACCAUCGCACUCCUCGCCAGAGCUUGCUCACCAUGCCGCAUCAGGCUCGGAUGCGCAGUUUCAGGACCGUAUCCGCGUUUUCAGCCAGAAUAGACUGCCGGCCCGCAAGUCGACAGGCUUUCUGACGUUGUUCUGGCGUGCCUACAAUGACAAAAUCAUCAUUCUGCUGACCAUUGCCGCCGUCGUCUCGUUGUCACUCGGUAUCUAUGAGACAACCAGCGAGGGGAGUGGUGUCGACUGGAUUGAAGGCGUGGCGAUCUGUGUGGCGAUCCUGAUCGUCACGAUCGUGACGGCUGCAAACGACUGGCAGAAGGAGAGACAGUUUGCGAAGCUCAACAAAAGAAACAACGACCGAGAAGUCAAGGCCCUCCGCUCGGGUAAGGUCUCCAUGAUCUCCAUCUUCGACAUCACGGUGGGAGAUGUUCUGCAUCUCGAACCGGGUGACUCUAUCCCUGCGGACGGAGUGCUCAUUUCGGGUCAUGGGGUGAAAUGUGACGAGUCUUCUGCGACCGGAGAAUCGGACCAGAUGAAGAAAACCGAUGGAUAUGAGGUUGGAAGACACUUCACAGCUGGUACUGCGACCAAGAAACUUGAUCCUUUCAUGAUCUCAGGCAGCAAGGUGCUUGAGGGAGUGGGAACCUAUUUGGUGACGAGUGUUGGGCCCUACUCGACUUAUGGACGGAUUUUGCUGUCCCUGCAAGAGUCGAACGAUCAAACUCCGCUUCAAGUCAAAUUGGGCAAGCUUGCCAAUUGGAUCGGUUGGUUGGGCUCAGGGGCUGCAAUCAUCCUUUUCUUUGCCCUCUUCUUCCGUUUCGCUGCCGACCUCCCACACAACAAUGGCUCACCCGCCGUCAAGGGCAAAGAGUUCGUCGACAUCCUGAUUGUGGCUGUCACAGUCAUUGUUGUUGCCAUUCCUGAGGGUCUUCCACUUGCUGUAACUCUUGCUCUCGCCUUUGCCACGACCCGCAUGGUCAAGGAGAACAACCUGGUCCGCGUUCUUCGCGCCUGUGAGACAAUGGGCAAUGCGACUGUCAUCUGUUCGGACAAGACAGGAACGCUCACUCAGAACAAGAUGACAGUUGUCGCGGGUACGCUGGGCACUAGGAGCUUCAGUCAGAACGUGGAAGAAAGUGUCCCAGGCUCCACGGCAGCCGAGCUGUUCAAGCAAAGCUCCAGCCAGCUGCGCGGUCUAGUCACCAAGAGCGUUGCACUGAACUCUACUGCCUUCGAGGAGGAGAAAGAUGGACAGAAGCAGUUCAUUGGCAGCAAGACCGAAGUGGCAUUGCUACAACUCGCAAAAGACCAUCUCGGCAUGGAUGUGACGCUCGAACGGGCUUCGGCGGAAAUUGUUCAACUCUUUCCUUUCGACUCUGCUCGCAAGUGCAUGGGGGUGGUCUAUCGAGAGCCAGCCUUUGGUUAUCGUCUCCUUGUCAAAGGUGCUGCCGAGAUCAUGGCGGGUGCUUGCGCCACCCAAAUCACCGACAAUUCCACUAGUAAAGACGGUCUCAGCAUCGAUUCGCUACACGAAGAUGACAAGCAGAAUAUGUAUGCUUUGAUCGAAUCUUAUGCAGGCCAAUCGCUGCGGACAAUCGGGAUGGUGUACCGCGACUUCCCAAGCUGGCCUCCCCACGGUGUCAGACGUAUGGAAGACGAGCCCGAAGCCGCAGUAUUCGAAGAUGUCUUCCAGGACAUGACCUGGAUCGGCGUGGUGGGUAUUCAGGACCCUCUCCGCCCCGAAGUUCCAGCUGCUAUCCGCAAGUGUCAUGCGGCAGGCGUCCAAGUCAAGAUGGUCACUGGUGACAACCUUGUCACUGCCAGUGCAAUUGCUUCCUCGUGUGGCAUCAAGACUGAAGAUGGGAUCGUCAUGGAGGGCCCCAAGUUUCGCCAACUCUCCGACGAGGAGAUGGAUCGAGUUAUCCCUCGACUUCAGGUGCUGGCACGCUCAUCACCCGAGGAUAAACGGAUCCUGGUUGCUCAGCUCAAGAAACUCGGCGAAACAGUUGCUGUUACUGGGGAUGGCACGAACGACGGACCGGCUCUCCGGACAGCUGAUGUUGGCUUUUCCAUGGGCAUUGCAGGCACGGAAGUCGCCAAGGAGGCUAGUUCCAUUGUCUUGCUUGACGACAACUUCAAGUCGAUCGUCACUGCUAUCGCUUGGGGUCGCGCUGUCAACGACGCUGUUGCCAAGUUCCUGCAGUUCCAGAUCACGGUCAACAUCACGGCCGUCAUCUUGACCUUUGUGUCUUCGCUGUCCAGCAGCGACAACCAGAGUGUUCUAAAUGCGGUGCAGCUCCUCUGGGUGAAUCUGAUCAUGGACACCUUUGCCGCGCUUGCCUUGGCCACCGAUGCGCCGACAGAGAAGAUCCUCGAUCGGAAGCCGGUGGCUAAGAGUGCGUCUUUGUUCACUGUGAUCAUGUGGAAGAUGAUCUUGGGCCAGGCCAUCUAUCAACUUGCCAUCACCUUUAUGCUUUACUUCGGUGGGAAGCAAAUCAUCGGCUCCCAGCUUGGCAGUAAAAACCCUGAGCUGGUUCUAGAUACGAUCGUGUUCAACACGUUUGUUUGGAUGCAGAUUUUCAACGAAUUCAACAACCGACGACUCGACAAUAAGCUCAAUAUCUUCGAAGGCAUGUUCCGCAACUACUGGUUCCUCGGAAUCAACUGCAUCAUGGUCGGUGGCCAGAUCAUGAUUAUCUUUGUUGGCGGAGAUGCUUUUGGAGUGACCAGGCUCAACGGGAUCCAAUGGGCCAUUUGCAUCAUCUGCGCCCUGGGCUGUUUGCCCUGGGCGGUUGUUCUGCGCAUCAUCCCCGACAGACCCUGUGAGAUUGCGCUUGACUUUGCCGUGCGCUGCAUCAAGUUUGUCACAGACCCUAUUACUCGGGGACUGAGAUGGCUAGCAGAGAGUGUCAAGUCUGCAGUGCAGCCUCUGGCCCGAGCAGCCAAGCGCGGGUUGUCCCGGGGGAAGAAUGGGAACACUGCUGAAGCUGGCCUACCGGACGAAGAGGCGGGCGCGACGUCGAUGCAGGAUCUCAAACGCGAGUCGACUCCUGAGGCACCCACGACCACAGUUCCAGUGCCUCCAAUUACCAUCACGACCUCCUAAUGAAGUUUACGAAACAACGACUGAUAGAGCCAGCAUAUACUGAGCUUCUAUUUCUCUUCUGCUAUGUUUGAUUAUGGGUGGGCUGGGGUGUUUUACUGUACUUUACACAUGUACUUUAGGCGGGUGGCCUUUUGCUUUAGCGUUGCGAGAUAUUCCCUGUAUAAUAGAGACAUUUGAUACCUAGAGUGAAGCUCAGCAAUGAAUCUCGG